UUUUUUUUUGCGUCUUUGGACUUUCCAACCUGUCAGUUGUGACAUCUUUUCAGCGUGUGAGCUCUCUGCACCCCAGCCGCUCUAAUCUGGAGCAUGCACCUUCUGAAAAAUAGGAGAAAGACUUUGCACUGUUUGGCAUCCCCGCUUAUUCACAUCUUCCUUGUAGCUACGCAGAACAGCGGCGUUUGCACAAGGGGAGUGGUAUUUGUGCAAUGUUUACCUGCUCUAUUGAAGCCUUGACUCUGAUGGAACAGGAGGACUCAAAUAAUUGUUUUUCUCAUGUUUAGCGCAGCCUGUUACAGCAUGUUCCCAAUGCGCCCUACAUGAACGGCUUCCGUCUUAAUUUUCAUUUUAUAUAUAACACGAUGAAAGAAAAGAACAUCGACCGUAGGCCAUAGUCCUGGAUGCUUGCAUGCUUCCUUAACUUAAAGUCAUCAUGGAAAAAUCCUUGGAUCUAAAUAAAGCUGGCUCCCGGUCAACAUCAUCCCUGCCACCUGAGCCGGUGGACAUCAUCCGCAGCAAGUCCUGUUACCGCCGCGUCCGGCUGAAUGUUGGAGGUCUCCCCCAUGAGGUCCUGUGGCGGACAUUGGACAGGCUGCCACGAACUCGUUUGGGAAAACUGAGAGACUGCAACUCCCACGAUUCUCUGAUGGAAGUCUGUGAUGACUACAACCUGGAUGAGAAUGAGUACUUCUUUGACCGACAUCCAGGGGCCUUCACGUCCAUUCUGAACUUCUACCGCACGGGCAAGCUACACAUGAUGGAGGAGAUGUGUGCACUGUCCUUCAGCCAAGAGCUCGACUACUGGGGCAUCGAUGAGAUCUAUCUGGAGUCCUGCUGUCAGGCUAGGUACCACCAAAAAAAGGAGCAGAUGAACGAAGAGCUGAAGAGAGAGGCUGACAAUUUAAAGGACAGAGAUGGAGAAGAAUUCGACAACACUUGCUGUGCGGAAAAGCGGAAGAAACUUUGGGAUCUUCUGGAAAAGCCGAGCUCUUCUGUUGCAGCAAAGAUCUUGGCCAUCAUCUCAAUUCUCUUCAUUGUGCUAUCAACCAUUGCCCUGUCUCUAAAUACCCUUCCGGAGCUGCAAGGCACUGACGAGUUUGGUCAAUCAACAGACAACCCACAGCUAGCGCAUGUGGAAGCUGUUUGCAUUGCCUGGUUUACCAUGGAAUACCUACUCCGUUUUCUCUCCUCACCCAACAAAUGGAAGUUCUUCAAGGGUCCUCUCAAUGUCAUUGACCUGCUGGCAAUUCUACCUUACUACGUCACCAUCUUUCUAACAGAGUCCAACAAGAGCGUGCUGCAGUUUCAGAAUGUCCGGCGUGUGGUCCAGAUCUUCAGGAUUAUGCGUAUCCUUCGUAUUCUGAAGUUGGCUCGUCACUCUACCGGUCUUCAGUCUCUGGGCUUUACACUAAGGAGGAGCUACAAUGAGCUGGGCCUCCUUAUUCUUUUCUUGGCCAUGGGCAUCAUGAUCUUUUCUAGUCUUGUGUUUUUUGCAGAGAAAGAUGAAGAGGAUACAAAGUUCAAAAGCAUUCCAGCUUCUUUCUGGUGGGCCACCAUCACUAUGACCACAGUAGGGUAUGGAGAUAUCUAUCCCAAAACUUUGUUGGGAAAGAUUGUGGGGGGAUUGUGCUGCAUCGCUGGAGUACUUGUAAUUGCCCUACCUAUUCCCAUUAUUGUAAAUAACUUCUCUGAGUUCUAUAAGGAGCAGAAAAGGCAAGAAAAAGCUCUUAAAAGAAGGGAAGCUCUUGAGAGGGCAAAAAGAAAUGGUAGCAUUGUUUCUAUGAACUUAAAAGAGGCUUUUGCUCGUAGUGCAGAACUUAUGGAUGUAGUGGUAGAAAAGAGCGAGAGACCUCAUGACAACCACCUCUCCCCAAGUCACUGGAAAUGGCCGUCCAAAAGAGCUGCAUCAGAGACCAGCUCAAACCGUUCUUUCAAUGCCCAAGAGAUAGGCUCCCCCUCCAAGGCUCGAGACACCAGUCCCCAAAGACUGAAUGUUGAGAAACUGGAGGAGAUGUACAGCCAGAUGGCAAAGACACAGUCGCAACCCAACCUCAAUGCAAAAGACAGAGGAUCCAGAGCUAGCAAACAGAAAGAUGAGAUAGAGCUUGGAGCCAUUAAUGACCAUGGACCAUCAGUGCUAGGAGCCAAAGAUGGAGUGGGGGACAUGAAAAGCUUGUCUAGUAUUGAUAGCUACAUCAGUUGUGCUACAGACUUCCAGGAGAACCCACGCUACUCCCAUAGUCCAGCACCAGACAUUGGGCUUAAAGGAAGCAACCGAUUCACUUUUGGUCCAGUUACAGUUUUGUCCCAGCACAUUAGUAAAAACACUGGCCAGCAAAUCAUAGGGCAUCAUGAGUCUGUACUGAGUCCGGCAUCAAAGUCCUCUGGUACAGAGAACACAAGAAGAUUCUUCUUUUCUGGAAACUCCUCAAAGAGCCUUAAAGGAGGCUAUCGUAGCGACGGGGAUUCGGGUCCAUCACCACUUUCAGACAGCUCAGUUGUCUCAGACCAGUCUCUUUUGAGUCCUGAAGCUUCUGUGUACACCACUGCCAGCAGCAGGACCCCACCAAAGUCACCAGAAAGCACCACGAUGGCCCCCACAGUCUUCACUUUCCAUGACUCAUCAAUCAGCAAAUACAUUGAUGCUGACACAGAUAAUGAUGAUGAUCUCCGGGACAUCACUGAGGCUAGUCCCUCAGAUCGUCUGCUGGCUGGUGGCAGCCCAAAACGCAGUAUUAACAUAAAUUACCAGAGGGGGACUAACCAUUUAGAAACAGCCCAAAAGAUGUUGGGCCAGAACUGUUACUUUCCUCUUGAAGGUAUUCGUGGGAAGGCUCAUGAAAAUCAUAUAGGACCUGACCCAGCACGUAGACCAAAAGCUGAGAGGGGACGACAAACUACUUUAGACAAAAACCUUUGAAGCAUAAGUUAUCAGAGACACGUGGAAAGCAGGUGAACAAACUGUUGAUAACAAAGACAAAAGAGACCAAGAAAGGCAUAGAGAAAAAGGUUCUUGUAUUUCACGGAUAACCUGAGCAUGGCACUAGGGCAACAAGCUCUGGGUCAAUACAUGUGGGGAAUACUUUGGAAGAAAAACACCUAUGUUGGAGAAUGUCACUGCCCCUUCUUUCAGUUCAUUCCUGUGUGUUGUAUUUUACACCCACUAAACUAAAGAACACCGCCCCAAGUAGCCAUUGUGUUUGUUUAAAGAAGCAGAGUCAGCAGAGAGAUAGAGUUAUGGCUAUAACAGGAGUAACACAACAAAAUAAUGAUUUCAGCCAAAGGGGGUUUUCUCUUUGUUUCGUAAAAAAAAAACAAAGUCCACCUUCUUCUAUUGACUGCCAGUUCAUGUUUUUUACUCUUGGGGAUAUACCAGAGGACCUAGAAGCCUAUAAGCUACAUAUUGUGCCCUCCAUUUCCAAACCUGGCCUUAAUCAUUUACAUUUGUAAUGAGUGUGCAUACAUGUGUGAGACAAUUUGAAUAUGAAUGGGUGAAUUAUGAUAAACAGAUGUAAACAAAAUCUUAAAACAGUCUAACCUGAUUUAUUUUUUUAUAGAUAAGAGAAAGUCCCUUAUAUGGAAGUGAUUUGCUAGUGUACAAUGUCAGAUUUCUAUGUAAAACAGUAAGGUUUAGUGUCUUUGCUUAACGUCUGCAGUUCCAAUUAAUUUUCCAUUACACAGGCCACUCUCUCUCAGCCAUCUGUCCUGCUAUCCUUUAGGUUAACAAGUUAUGUGUAGAAUGGAUAAAUACAGAAUAUCUGCCACUGGAAGGUUUUUAGCAUCUUUGUAUGAUGUUUUGUGAUAAAGAUGGACCUUGUUUUAAGAGAGGAAUGAGAAAUGUCUCAAUUGUUGCAUAAAGUGCACACUGAUAGCACAUGCAUGCACCCAAAAUGUCAACAUAAAAACACAUUGUGAGUUAACGUUGAAUGUUUAAAUUUUUUUUAAAUGUUUAAAGUAGGCUUAUCUCAGUUUUUUCCAACUAACUCACACGAAGUUUGGAUUUGAAUGACAGAUUCUCAGAGUGCGUUAGCCGUGAUUUGACUAACAGGACAUUUUCAGUAGUUGAAUAGGAUACGAGCACAUAAAAUUGGGCUUUUCUUUGUUUCUUCUAUGUUUUUUUUUUUAAUUAACUCUAUUAGCACUGACUAUAAUCAAGGAUGAUUUUAUCACCAUUUACAAACAUUUGCCAGACUGGAUCCACCUCACACACGAAUGCACACACACACACACACACACCUGUUGAAGAUAGCUACAGGCUACAUAGAUACCAUUAUUUUCCAUGGAGACAGGAGUUGACCAAAAUUGCUUUCAAGAGCACAGCAAAGACUUUUUUAAGUAGCGCUGGAGGUCUGCAUGUCACACGUGCUCUUGGGCAUAUAUACAAAUCCUCACUGAUAAAAGACACGUACCUAUAAUGUGGCAGGUAUCUACAAUAGUUGCAUGUAAGAGUCACUCCGCACAUGCGCAUAUUUAUGAAUCGUGUGUCAUUGCAAACGUAUGAUAUAAAUCUGUAAAAUUAAGAAAAAAAACAACCUCCAUAUCCACCAUUUUUGUAUUUUUAUAACACUAAUGGCAAGCAAGCACAGACAUGCCGGUCAGGGUAUUCAUCAUUGCUAAGUCUAGUUAUAACACUUCUGAUACAAAUGUAUUAGGGAAAACCUGAGGAGGAAGAGGAAACAUAUUUCCUUAACUCUGGGUUUUAUUAGAUGAAGUACAAAAUAACUUCUCCACACUAUAAGAACAUCUUCUUGUCAGUAGGGAAUCAGUUCAGAACACUGUUCCUGCAUUAUGGAUGAAUGCUCAUGUUUUAAAACACAGCUACAGAUUACAGGGCAUACUGCCUUAAUUCAUAUUUUAAGUAAUUCACCAAAAGAUUUAAAAUAGUAUUUUAGGACACAUCUUUAAUCUGAAAUGUUGUUUAAAACCAAAAUGAGCAUAAUCACUUGUGCUUUCUUGACCAUCACGUCAUUCAUUUAUAUUCACUUUAAAAAUGAAGAGGCUCCAUAGUUUAUUCCCACGGUUGCAUCGCGCUCUCUUCCUGCAGUCAUCCCCAAGUCAGUGCUCCCCAGCCAAAUUAUGCAAUGUGGACAAACCAUUUUAAAUCUCUUGGAUGUUCUACAAUCAAAUGCUGUGCAGUUUUGACAAUGUAGUUAUAGGUUGCAGAAAUCCUUUAAACUAUACCAGACACACAUAGAGAACAGAAGGAAAUACGCCUUUCACAGCUUGCUGCAUUCUUUGUAUGAAUUCAGCAGUGAAUGAGGCUACUCAUACUUGUACUCAUACUUUGUAUACUUUUCUAUGUCAUAAGUAUCACCAGAUUUCAUGAGACAUGCACAUUUAUUGCAGACUAGGUGUCACAAACAGCACUGGUCUUCGAGAAGCAGCUGCUUUUUACUAUUGCUAACUAUCUUUUCCUACAAAUGAGUGAAUGAUCCGUCAGACAUCGAUAUAGCCAAACUACGCAGCAUAGAAUUAUGCUUUUUGUUUGGCAGACCAGUAUGAGCAGCAAAUGCUGCUCUGUAAAGCUUUGUAUGUUAGUCAGAUGCUUAAAGUCUGUUUUGUUUUUUAAGCAAGCUUAUUUCCUUUGUUUUGAGUCACACAGUCAUUUCAAGGAUCAGGCCCAGAGUCAUAAUGAACGAAGAACUACAUAAAGCAGGGUUUCGGUAGGAGAUAAUCAGACUGUAAGUCAAACGUUUGUACAUUUACCAGAAGGUAAAGUUAUAGCUCACAAAACACACAAAAAAUGAAAGUGUGGUGGUGCAAAUACAGUAGUUAUACAAAAACUAACAUGAUAUAAAUUAACAGCUCUUUAACCCGUGAAUUCUUUGGCCAUUUCACAAAGUAUAAGAAAAUCACAAUACAGUAGGAACGUUAGGCUGGGAAAUAAAACAUCAGCAACAGAAGAAAAAAAAAUAAAAUAAAAUAACACAUAGAAUAAGGUUUUUAAAUUCCACCAAAGAAAGACAUUUUUAGUCGAAGUAAAAAGUCAGAAAAACCUUUUCUCCAGUCCGACAUCUAUUACAUGCUGGCGAUUUCCACUACCGCAAUUAAAACACAUAAUAAGGAAACAUUUAAUCUCAGUAGAGUUUCAGGGACUCGUAGAGUUGAUGCCACCAUAGUAGCCCAAUGCCUCUGGGGGUGUGUACUAUUGUAUUUUUCCUUUAAACUCUUUCAGGCUUUUAUGUCUUCUUGUAUCACAUCAAGGUUAAUGGCAACUAAAAUGUUUGUAUCUAAGGAACUAAGUCAUUUCCAGACCCAAACCAACUGGUAAAAAGUAAGAAAAGAAGCCAUUGAACUCAAAUGAAUGUAGUUUUUAAAGUAAUAAUUGAUUCAGUGAAUGGAAUAUGACUGACGUAGAUGUUUAUUUUGUAUUUAAUUUUUGUCUUGUGGUGAAAAGUGCAAUCACAAAUCCAGAUUCUGUUUCCAGUUUUAAUCACAGAGUUGGACCAUUUCAUAUUGCUCUCCCUUAGUGAGAGGAGCUGAGGUGUGAAAGGAAUAGCAAUGACUGCGAGGAGCAGAGGGGAGGCGAGCUUGUUUGUGUGUGUGUGUUACCACUGGGAAGCAUUAAAGCAGCGAGGGUGCUGCUUAAUGGAAACGAAUGAACUGUUUUCGAUGGGAAUCUGUAUGUGUGUGUGUGUGUGUGUUGUUGUUGUAGUCCUGUUUUUGUUUUGUCCCCAAGUACAUGUGCUAUUCUAACUGCAACAAAAUGCAGUUGCAAUACCCAGAGAAAUAUAAAGAGAAAGAAAGAGAUUUUUUUUCCCCCCAUGAGGCAAAGAGACAUUUUUCAUAUUGAAAAUGACAUGUAUAAUCAUUAGAAACAUAACUACACAAUCCAACUAGUAUCGCAGCAUCUUAUAUUUUUAGAGGGGGAAGUCAAUAAACUGCUAUUUAUAACAAUAGCAGAAAUACUUCUAAUGCCUGAAAGUUAAAUAGUAUGACUUUAAAACAUUGCCAUUGGCCUAACUCUUGAACUCUGUUGCACAAGAACUUUUGCAAAUUUGCUCAGAUGGACAAAAUGGCAUUGUUUACAUUUAUAGCUAAAUGUCUGCUUUUCGCAUUAGCUCUGUGUAUUUCAUAACAUCACGUCUGAUGAUUUCAAAAGGUUAAUUUCUGCAAAAGCACCUGCUGAACAUUCAUAAGCAGAAGUCCAAUGUUUGCCAUCUUUCCCCAUAAAAAGAAAACACCCGACAGUCGGAGAUGUCCUUCAGAUUUAGCAAUGUAACCUAAAAAAACCCAACACAUUUUCAGAUAAAUGGCAUCCAGUUUACACAACACCUCCUGAAGCAUCCUGUGAUCUUUACGGUUUGGUUUUCUAUACCACAGUAUAGUCAGGGACCAUUAUUGCUGAAAUAUCUCUAAACAAUGAUGACAAUCAAUAUUUCAUCAAAAGGCAGCCAGCACUACUUUAGAGGAUUGAGAUUUAUCGUGGAGAUAGGAAACAAAGAUUUACAGCCAUGCACAAACAUGCUCUUGCAAAAAAAAUAAAUUAAAAAAAUUAAAAAAUAAGCACCCAAAUCCCAACAAGUGUUGAAACUGUUAAGCUUUUAAGGCAAGAAAUCAUUAAGCAACAUGUUUAAAUUGUUUCUUAGACUGUGAUACUGUGACACAAAAUAAUUAUAUUACUACAAGUCACAAUGUUUGUUUCAGCAAUUCAUCCUUUUUUCAUUUACUAACAAGAUUAUCAGGAAUUUUUAAAGUGGGGUAAUGUGAGUUAGUUAUCAGCAGUUAGUGUCUUAUGGAGCAGAUAGUUCUGAAAAUGAAAUGUCAAACUAAGGCUUUGUUUAAUUUCAGAAUGUCUUUCUGUCAUCUUAAAACUCCAGCUAAAUUUUCUUUGCUUUAAUAGUCCAGGCUAUCAUCGUUUUGGAACCCUUUAAACCAUGUUUGUAUAAUAUCGUUAUUAAUUUCACUUCAGUUUAAUUAUAUAGAGCCAAUUCAGAACAAAUAUAAUUUUAAAGUAUUUAAUGAGAAACAAAAACACAUUUUAACUCUUAUUGUAUACAAAAUGUAUAAUGAAAUUACUUAAUGUCAUACAUAUAGUCCAAAUUUAUAAGGAUUAUGGUAUGAGGCAGUAAAUUCAGUUGAUUUUAUAAUCCCAUGUGGUAAAAAGUUAUCUACCUAAUAAAGCCUAUAUGACUGCAUUAAAUUACUGAAUUUACAGCAUUCUCUCAUUUUGAGCAUUUAGUGACAGUGGAAAAGAACAACCUUCUUACAGCAGGUAAAAAAAACAUGCCACUGGCUCAGUAUGCUAGCGGCUUUCUGCAUAGAAGUCUGUGGAUAUUUAAACUGAAGACCAUGUCAGCCCAUAAUCUCUUACCAGUUUUGUUCCAUAUGAAAUCAUGAUUAAGUUUUAAUUUCAUAUUAAAGCUUUUUACUAAUUAAAGCUUUUUUUUUAAACAGAAAAGAAUAAGAAUCUAGAAAUCUGAGCUUUUGCUAAAAAUCACUGAAACAAAUGUCAAAUGAGUUAAUAUGAGUUUGGUUUAUUAGAACCCAGGUUUAUACAGUAUUAGCUAUAUUGGAUCAUGGGCCAACAUGGUCUUUAGUAUAAACCACUGUAGACAUCUGAGAUUGGAGUAGUUUUAGGAGGACAGAAAUUCAUUUUGUCAAAGCCUUUGGGGCAAAUUCAAAAAAGAUGAAAUCAGAUAAGAUACUUACUGCUUCUCAUUGUCCACAGAACCCCUUUUAAAAUUCCAACUUUCUUUUUAAGUCAUGUCAAUGUGCUCCAUUUAUAAAAGGGAGCCAACAAUCAAAGUAACAUAAAAAGCACCUUUUUAAUUUACUAACCUCCUCGUAGAGAUAUGUUACUCAAAUUAAAAGACUAACUUACAGUUAUUUGUUUUAUUUUUAAUUCAAUAAAAAACAUUUGAUGAAGAGCACAGAUUAUUUUAUUAUAACCACAACCUCUAUUGUCUUAUAAGACUCUCAAGUGUACAGAUAAAUUCCUUAAGUUAAAAUCUAAAGUGUAUUUAGGUUAUUAGCUGCUAUAUUUCACAGUUUAAAAGCUUAAGUCAUUUGCACUUAUUUGAUGGAAACCCACAGGUCCUUUAAAAAGCAUGUGAUAGUUUUAAAAACCCAAUGAGGAUCACUGCUUUUACAAGCAGGUUAAUUCUGCACACUGUAUUACAGGGUUGGGGUCGAUUCAGGAGUAUUCCUUGACGUAAUACACUCAUCACGCACGAUGCCACAGAAAUGAAUAUUAUUAGGGAACAAGAGAAAAUAAUUAAAACCAACAGGAGUACACAAAAUCUUAAAUCUAUUUUUUUAAGGUUUAAGGUCUUAGUGGAAUUGACCCCAACCUUGCCUAAGCCAUCGGUCUUUGUAAAGUACACACUGUUUCCAGGGAAUUAAAUGAUUAAAAAAAAGAUAUUUGAACGACCUUAGCCAGCUCUUAUACUAUGUUGUUUGUAGGUCUCGAGGCUGUCUGUUUUGUAAAAGAAAAACCACAGAUAACAUUUUUACCCAUUGACUUUCUAUGCUGUUGUUUCUGUAUAACUGUUUUACUGUUCAGUGCAUGUUGUAACUUUGGCGUUGUGGCUGGUUGUGAUUCACACAAAGCCAGUACCUGUCAUGUACAAACAAAAAAACAAACAAAAAAAAUGUGUCUGAAUGUCCUAAGAUAUUUCUAUUUCUUAAGAAAAAGCAACAUUUCCCUUGAAUGACUCAAAAUGAAAUAAAUCACUUUCCAGUUUGA